UCUAUUACGGCCACGUCACGUAGCCGUUAACGCCGCGCGGAGACACCGCUCACCGUCACCACCACCACCGCCGGCGUGCUGUACACCGACUGAGUAAAAGUCAAGAUGGCGACCGAGGGUCAGUUCGAGUACGAGUCGGUCCUGUGUGUCAAACCUGAUGUCAACGUUUACCGAAUCCCACCGAGAGCAUCCAACCGGGCUAUCAGGGCGGCCGAUUGGAAGCUGGACGCACCCGACUGGACGGGACGUAUGCGUGUGACGGCCCGGGGCAAAGUGGCCUACGUGAAAUUGGAAGACAAAAUCUCUGGGGAGCUGUUUGCCCAAGCACCAGUGGAAGAGUACCCUGGCAUCACAGUGGAAACAGUUAGUGACUCAAGCCGCUACUUUGUGCUCCGCAUCCAGGAUGACAACGGCCGAAGUGCGUUUAUAGGGAUUGGCUUCGGAGACCGAGGCGAUGCCUUUGACUUCAACGUUGCACUUCAGGACCACUUCAAGUGGGUGAAACAGGAAAUUGAAUUAAAGAAGCAGGCGCAGGCUCCAGACAACACCCCUAAACUGGACCUGGGCUUCAAAGAAGGACAGACCAUUACUCUCAAUAUUGGGCAAUCAAAAAAGAAGGACAGGUCUCGCCCGCAGAGUUCAGGUGGCUUUGGGCUUCUUCCACCUCCUCCUGGGGGCAAGUUAGCCCCACCUCCUUCAUCUAGAUCUACCAAUCAUAACACACAACCGCCUGCAGGAGGAAGUGACACUGGUUGUUUGCUAGAUCUGGACACCAGUAACUCCAACUCAGCGGCUCCAUCCAACCCCACCACCACAGCCAGCUCCGACCUGUGGGGAGACUUUGACUCUGUAUCCCCGAAGUGAGGAGGAAUACGUUUAGGUUUUCUCCCUCUUUAUUUCUCUGUAAAUUUAUGCAGCACUUUUUGCAACUUUUGUUUUUCCCCAUUGCGGGGUCCCGUAUCUCUCCCUGCCAAGCAGGGUAACCUGUACUAGUUUGUUUUAUUCGAGUUCAGCCCCUCAUGUCUUUUGCUCUCAGCUAGAGAUACAUCCAGACCUCACAGUCCAGUCUUAAUUAAGAGUUAAAGACCACUACGCUCCCUCCCUCCCUCUGUGUCCACCUUAGCUCUGUAGUUUCCAUUUCCUUCUCUCAGUGUUUUAUUUGCUGAUUUAUAUCGUAGAGUAUACAUAAUAGAAAUAUGAUCAAGGGAGACAUAAUCAGAAACAUCUGAUGAUGAAAUCUAAUUAAAUAUAAUAAUGAAUGAAUUUUCUGUACAGAGAAUAUUUAUUUUAAAUGUAUAUACUGUCUGUAGUUUGUAAUUAUCGUCAUUGGUGUUGUCACCUGGUCGUAUCUAACUUUAUCUCCAAGUCCCCAGCAGAGGGACUGACUAUAUGCACUGACUGGCAGUCUAGUCUGUCGAUGUAGUUAGUAACGCAUAAAGUCUGCAUUUAACACAGGGAUUCAGACCUUAGGUUAAGGUGAAGUUUACCGCACAGUGAUUUUACUUGAAAGAAGCUUAGCCCGCUCUUGUGGCUCUUACAGCAUCAUUUUGAGAGGAGAUGUCAAAUUACGCUGCAGCUGUUGUACACAUAUUUCACAGGGGAUGGGUCCUUGGCACCGUGUGCAUUGUUUGAACUGCAAAGCACUACAAAGAGACCGGGAAGUAGGAACGUUUGAUGCGAUAGGGUGUUAGCAAAAGACAGAGAAGCACCAAGCGCUUUUAUCUUCGCCUCAAGGGGAAACAGAGAUGAUUUAGCCCGUGUUAUGUCAUCUCCACUCAGCCCAGCUGUUAAAGCUGUGACUGGUGAGUCAUUUGGGUCACGACCUCUCUCCUCCUCAAUGAAUAGGUCUGUGUUUCUGCACUGCCCCGUCCGUCUGGGGAGAGCUUCACCUCCUUAAUUCUUUAUGAGAAGGUGGUCAGGCCUCGACCGCAGCGUGUUGUACUGUACAAAGUUUUAACUGUGAACUUCAAUUCCCACGUUAAGAUGUCGUUAAUGGUGUUCUGAUGCAGACGAAUGGGACCAAGCUAGUCUGUGUGUGACGCAGUGUUUUGUUGUGACGUUGUCGAGAUGUUGUGCUGAUAUCACAUGCACGCGUGUUGUGACAGAUGACAAGUGGUGUGAUGACUGGAACGCAGAGGUUGUGUGAGUGUAAAGCCCAAAAAAUGUUUGUCAGUGUUUAAAUUAUAUGCAUCUCCCCCAAAUGUUACUUGUUAUUCAAACUGUACUGUACU